GGUUUCGAUCCCUGCAUUUCUUCCAUAAGUAGUAGGCUAGCAGCCCGGCUGCUCGCCCCCGUCCCUGGUCCUUUGCGCAAAGAGGAAAAAAGAAAAGCUCGUCGUCCCCCGUCCGCCCGCAGAUCUACUGCUACACCUUUUGCGUUGGUGGUGGUGCGGGGGAGAAGAAAGGAGAGGGGAUGGCGGGGAAGAGGGAGAGGAUAUCGAUACGGAAGAUCGAAAACCUGGCUGCGAGGCAGGUGACCUUCUCCAAGCGCCGGAGGGGCCUCUUCAAGAAGGCCGAGGAGCUCUCCAUCCUCUGCGACGCCGAGGUCGGCCUCGCCGUCUUCUCCGCCACCGGCAAGCUCUUCAACUUCGCUAGCUCCAGCAUGAACCAGAUUAUUGAUCGGUAUAACUCCCAUUCCAAGACACUUCAGAGAUCAGAUGAGCCAUCUCAGUUGGACUUGCGUGAGGACGGCAAUUGUACAAAACUAAGGGAGGAACUUGCAGAAGCAAGUCUUUGGCUCCGGCAGAUGAGAGGAGAGGAGCUGCAGAGCCUGAACGUCCAGCAGCUUCAGGCUCUCGAGAAGAGCCUCGAGUCUGGGCUCGGUUCAGUGCUGAAAACCAAGAGCAAAAAAAUCAUGGACGAGAUCAGCGAGCUAGAGAGAAAGAGAGUGCAACUGAUAGAGGAAAAUUCAAGGCUAAAGGAGCAAUUGCAGGCGUCCAAGAUGGAGAUGCAAGUCGCUGCUGAUUCGCCAGUGGUGUAUGAGGAAGGGCAGUCGUCUGAAUCUGUCACCAACACUUCGUAUCCACGCCCUCCCCUCGACACCGAGGACAGCUCUGACACAUCUCUCAGGCUCGGAUUACCACUUUUCAACUCAAAGUGAUUGUCUGGAAAUUAUCUCAAGCAAAGUGAUGCUGCUGGUUACGACAACUCCUGAACAGAUCAGUGAUCAGCGCGCCGCAUCGAAUAAACCGUUUAAGCAUGCUUGGAUGAUGUGUGUAAUCUAAGAGAUGACUGGCUUUUGUUACAUGUAGUAUAGUGCAGCAUAAUAAGAGAACAGGUUCUUUUGAUGUUACCUGCUACUUUUUUUUUCAUCCUUGUCCUGUUAUCUGCCAUAAGGUUUUAGUAGCCCCCUGGUGAUCUAUCAGAACUCAAGAGUUGUUUCAGCCACAUGAAUUAUUGAUUUCAACAUAAAAAGGGUCUGUUAGGAUGUUCUUCACGAA